AUGCCUUCACGAUACGCUUCGCUGCCGGUGAGGGCGAGCUUUCCGUGCGAGCAUCUGACGAUUGCUGCGGGGGUUGCGAUUUUCCACCUUGCGACGGAGAGGGUGGUGCUCUGCUACCAUACGCGAGACAAGACGUGGUUUCUUCCCAAAGGACGCAGAAAUGCGAAUGAAGAUACUGCGAGAGCAGCGGAGAGGGAGGGGUACGAAGAAUCUGGAUACCGGAAUCGAUUAUUACCUCUACCAUUACGGCAUCGACAGCCCGAUCCUGGUUCUGGACCAGAGCCUUUCGUCACCGAGCCAGUGUGGACGCAGCUGUUACAGCUGACCGAACGAACGCAGUAUAUGCUUUUUUGGUAUAUUGCCGAGACGAUACCUCCGGAUAUCGAGCGAAUCUAUGCAGAGGGAAGGACUUCGAGGAGUGGCUAUCGAUCUCCGCCGCCAUUCUCAGGCACUAGUAGUCUUCAAGCGAGGAUAGAAGAGGACGUAACGAUGAAGAAUGGAAAUCGAGGGAUUUAUGAGCCAGUGCGGCAUGAGGGUACUGGAGUAGACGACGAGGAGAGACUGUACAGAGCUUACUUGUUGUCUGUGGAUGAAGCCUGUGAGAGGCUUCGAGGUACCGUCAUGGAAGAUGUGGUGCUCCGAGGGCAAGCUGCAAUCCAAUUGAGGAAGGAGAUGGAGGCUGAACAAAACAGGAGAUGA